UCCAUCGACUCAUACGGGUAGCUGGCGCUUAAAAGAGUAGUUCCUCAGGCCUGCCUGCGCCUUGUUAAGUAUACUGCAUGACUCUCUUUCUUACUUAUCUUCUCUAAAGCUCUAAACAUUCAUAUUAUCCAUAUUUGGCUCGCUGAGUUGAGUGACAGAGACCCCUAAGGAUUAUCAUCAUUAUUAUCAUCAUCAUCAUUUCUAUCAUUUGAGAUAUUGGGAUAUCAGGGAGAAAAUGAAGAGCAUAAUCUUCUAUAUCUUUGUAGCAAUCCUGGAGAUAUCGACUUUACUAUCUCUAACAAGUAGAAAUUUCGCAUCUGAUAACCAAGAUCAAUUCCCUCAGUUCCUGGAAGCUGCCUCAGACUUCAAACGGGGAUUUUAUCAGAGCACGGAAGCGAGAACAGGUGAAGAAACUUAUAAGGUGGAAAGUAGACUUGGGUCAAGGCCACCUUGCUGUAUCCACAAGUGUGAAGGCUGCGAACCAUGUGUUGCCAUUCAAACACCCACAACGUCUGAUCGAAUGGGACUACAGUAUGCAAACUAUGAGCCCGAAGGAUGGAAAUGCAAGUGCGGAUCUUCUCUCUUUAACCCUUGACUUUGUCUCCGCUAUUUACUGUAUUCCUUUUCUUGUCUCCUGGUGAGAGAUGGGAAAGUUUUGUAGUCGGAUUAAAGCAUCCUACAGUAAUUUGUUUAGAAUCGUGGUAUGUAAUUGGGUUUUAUUAUAAAGCUAGUAAGUUUGGCAGUGUUGCA